AAAAGACUCCUGGAAGGAUCCUCUCAUUUUGAGCAAUGGCGGUGGUUCUCAAUGCGCGGAGCGAUGCUCUCCAAGUAGAGUGCUCUCAAGUGGUGAUCGAUGGCAUCGAAUGCACCGAGACCAUUGUCAAAUGGACGGGUGUAGCGAGCCACUCAAUCAUAGAGGAGUCCUUCGAGCUCUACCCGGACCGUGCUUUGGAUCAGCUGCUGUGCCUGCACCGCCACAAGCCGCCCUGGACAGCACCUGCGCUCCGCAACAAGCUCUCGGAGAUUCCCCCGGAGACUCUUUUCGUUUUGGCACGCUCAAGCUCCGGUACUUUGCUGCUGUGCCCCCUGGCGCACAGGGGCUCGAGCUCAAGCUGCUGCCUUCGAGGGAGCGCUCGAGGGCUGGAUGACUUUGAGCUGGUGUCCCUCAGAGAUUCGUCCUGCACUGCCGCGUUGCUCCUUUUAGCCCUUGAGCUGCCGCCCCACGUGAUGGCCAGCACCGCCGCCUCCUGGGCCGCGGAGCGCGUGGCGGCGCGCGUGGGCGGAGCGAGGCUUCGGCGGGAGAAGAGGCUGCCCUCUUUGUUUACUCGCUGGGGCUGGUGCAGCUGGGAUGCUCAUGGAGUUCAAGUGCAACGAUGGCAGUUGGAAGCCAUGAGCAAACACCAUCCAGCGUGGAUGGUCUUAGAUGAUGGCUGGCAGGAGGAGGUGCGCCCCGAAGAGUGGCGCCAAUGGCUCCACACGCCCCAGAGCCGCUUUGGGGCGAAAGACUUUGAUCUCAAAGAGCUCACGAGCCAGCUCUCAAAGGAUUCGAUCAAGCUUUUGGUAUGGCAUACUCUCCUCGGCUACUGGGGCGGCGUGGCUCCCGAGCGCGGCUUCCGCACCCGAAACCUGCGGCCGUGGUGGCCCAGUGGCCUACGGGAAGGAUGCCCAGGCGAGGUGGAUGUGUGGGAAGGUGACUUUUCGCCCCUGGAGAAGGAGGACUUCCUUCGCUUCUACCGUGAGUUCUAUGAAACGUUGGCCUCGGCGGGCGUGGCGGGCGUGAAAUGUGAUGGCCAAUUCCUCGCGGAGGUGCUGGUAGGCCCCAGUGGCGCGCAAGAGCUGGCUGCAGCGCAGGAAAAGGCCUUGGCGGCCUUUGGCCCUUCAGAUGUGCCUGUGAUCAGUUGUAUGUCCAUGACCCUCCCUAUGGUGCAUGGGGGCUCAGCAGUGCUGGCUCGCGUCUCGGACGACCACGCGUAUCCGGGAGUGCCAGAGGAUGCUGCGUCGGUCGCACGUCACAUUUGGCAUUGCUCCACCAACUCGAUUUGGUUGGCUCCGUUUGUUCACUGUGAUUGGGACAUGCUGAAGACUAGCGAGUGGCACGGCACUAUCCAUGCCGUAGCACGAGCGGUGGCAGGGUGUCCAGUCUACACCAGCGAUCCGGCCGAGCACUUCAACCUCGAGAUCUUGCGCCCCUUGCUGCUCCCAGGCAGCGAUCAGGUGUGCCCGUGCCUGCACGCUGGCUUGCCAAUCGACCGUCAGAUCUUCCAGGACCCGACAGUGAACAGGCGCCCCUGGUGGCUCCUCAACUCCACCGCGGGCGGUUUCAUGGCCGCCGCCUUCGGGCUGUGCGACACUGGAGCUGAGGAGAUGACCGAAACCUUGUAUCCCCUGGACUGCCAUUUGGUCAAGGAGCACGCUUGCCUCCAAGUAAGCUUGGAGGGACUGGGGCACGCUGCGCCCUUCAGCGACGCGGGCUGGGAUGUGCGUAUGCACUACAUGGGUUUCGCAGUUCUGGCACUGGCCCCCAUCUUGGACUUUGGUGAGCACCGAGUGGCGAUCUUCGGCCUGUCAGGCCUUUGGAACCCCACGGGCAGCCUGCUGGGCCGAUGGACGGAUCCAGAAGGGCUGCAUGUGCAGCUGCAUUGUGCGGGCCAGCUGCUUCUUUGGAGUUCGGGCACCUUUCAGACUACCAUUGAUGGGUGCCAGGUGACUUUGAGUGGCGGCCUUAAUGCCGCUGCUUGGACAUUAAGUCUAGGUUCAGCAACAAUUUGAGUGGAUUUUUCCGCAGAAUUUUGGGAGUAGCCGAGUGUAGUCAUAGAAUGUCAAAGGCAUGUCAAUGCCAAAGGCAGCUGUGUAUCCGAAACAUCAAACCAGGCUAUGGUCACAUGUUCCACUGCUCGAACCCCUUUUCCUUCGCAUUGGCCCACCUGUAAGCGUUCUGCGCGCCGGAGGUUCCGCUGAAUCAAAAGGAGGUGGUAUUUGCAUUGGGCUGAUGUCGUUUGCGAAUGUCAUCAGUGAUCAUCCGGGUCCAGGGGCCCCGAUCUCGACCCUCCAUCCACGACGAGUAGAUGCCCACGGUCCAUGAGAGGUAAGUAGAUGUGAAACGACGGCCCAGUGCGACAGCCCACCGGAGUGGC